CCACUCCACGCCCCGACACCGCCGUCACGCGAUCACUCAACAACAAACACACGCAACUGCAUUUACAAGUCGAGAGAAAUUUUGGUGCAUGCUGAGAAUUAUUAGGAGCUUCUGCAACAUGAAACCGCCGGUAAACGCCACCCUCCUCCACGAUGUCGACAUCCCGACGAAGAAAGCCACAUUCGGCAUGGGGUGUUUCUGGUCCAACGACUCACUGUUCGGCGCCACGCCGGGCGUCAUCCGGACCAGAGUCGGUUACUCUGGCGGCACCACCAAGAAUCCACACUACAGAAGCCUCGGUGACCACACGGAGGUGAUCGAGCUGGACUACGACCCCAAAACCGUCACCUUCGAGGAUCUGUUGGACAUGUUCUGGGGUAACCAUGAGUACGGACUAACCACCAAGCUAAAGAGACAGUACCAAUCCAUGAUCCUAUACCAUGAUGACGAGCAGCGUGAGGCGGCCGAGGCGUCCUACGAAGAGAUGACAGCGCGGUUCGGCCAACUACGCACUGAGAUAGUACCGGCUUCCACAUUCUACCCGGCAGAAGAUUACCACCAAAAAUACCGUCUCCAAGGCCACAAGGACCUCUGCCGGAGCCUCGGGUUGGACUCGGCCAAGCUUCAGACCUCGCACCUCGCGGCGCGACUCAACGGGUACCUCGUGGGCGUCGGCGGCAAAGCGCAGUUCGAGGCCGAACUCGCUCAGUUGGGCCUCAAUGAGAAACAGGCGGAAUACGUAAGGACUGAGAUUGACCGUAACGAGGGAGGCGGGUUGGCAUGCUAGUGU